AUGGGCGACGGAGCUACACACCAGAAAGCAGAUCGCGCUCGAGAGAUCGUAGUUGAAGCCUUGACCAGGAACGUCAAAGAAGACCACGUGCGCGAGAUAUUCGGAAAGUACGGUGUCAUCAAGGAACUCACCAUGCCCAUGAACCCCACCUUCAACAUCAAUCGCGGCAUAGCCUACAUUCUCUACGAGGAGAUCGACGACGCCGAACGCGCAAUCGCGAAGAUGCACGACGCACAAUUAGAUGGAGCCAAGAUCCAACCGGUCACCACGACGAAGCCUAUCGCGCUCUUCUUACAGUCGCUCGCCAUCCAGAACACCACCAAGACGAAGUGGGGGAGGAGGCUAUGGCAGGCGGGACAGUCCACCAAGGAGGGGAGGUCGCGCGGGUGCAGGCGGCGGAAGGAGGAGUCCAAGCUAUAG